GUGUGCACUGAGAGAGCAAGUGUGUGUGUGUGUGCACUGAGAGAGGGAGCGAGUGUGUGUGUGUGUGUGUGUGUGUUGUGGUGCCGCUGAGAGAGAGAGAGAGAAAAAGAGAGAGAGACACACAGGAGACGGAACAGACUGAGCGGAGAAAUAAGAGGAAGAGAGAAUAUCGGAGCAGGGGCUAGGAGAGUCAGCAAUGGUUCUGAUUCUGCAUCACAUACUCAUUGCACUGUUUCAAUCUUUCAGGCGGGGACAGCAUGUCACUUUAAAGCCAGAGAUUGACCCAUCCAGCUCUGUGGUUGUCCAGAAUGCCUUGCUGGAGCUGGCCACUGUUAUUGAUACACUCUCCUUACGAGCUGUCAUCAGUGAUGUUCUGUCUACCGUCAUUCCCAACGUGGAGAACAUUUUCAUUUACCUGCUGGACAUGAGCUCGAACAAGAUGCUGUGCGAUAACCCUCCACAUGAGAUGUCCAAUGAGGGGAGACUAAGGGAAGCAGUAAUUAGCAAGAAGAGGAUCGAAUGUAACGGGCUGCACAAAACUGAUGUGCAGGUGACGAGGAUGAGCCACAUGGUGGCCCCUUUGCCAAGCGACAAACAAGUGAUAAUUAUCCCGGUGGUGGACGAGGAAAUCGGGAGAGCGAUAGCCGUGAUUUUGGUUUAUUGUGGUCUCCUGGACAAUACUGAUGCACCAUCCCUUAAUCUGCUGGAAAAACAUAUUUCUGCGACUUGCAAGCGGGUCCAGACUCUCCUUAACCCGUUGAGCUGGAGCCAUAUCGGGUUACAUCAUAACUACACAGCGGAGGUGGAGCCUGCCUGGGCCUUCGACGAACUGGACCACAAGAUCCUCCAGCUGUGCGGUGAACUCUAUGAUCUUGAUGCUGCCUCUCUUCAGCUGAAAGUUAUUCAGUAUCUCCAGGAAGAGACUCAGUCGGCCUGCUGCUGCAUGUUGGUUUUAUCCGAAGACAGCAGUCAACUCUUCUGCCGGGUUGUUGGAGACAAGGUCCUGGAAGAAGAGAUCACCUUUCCGUUGUCAUUUGCUGAAUUUGAACAGUCAGAGGGAAACAGUAAAUCGAUGACAUUGAAUGACCUCACUGGGAAGCAGCAUCAGCAGCUCAACAACAUCCUAGGAUUCGAGGUUUACUCCAUGUUGUGUGUUCCUGUCAUCUCUAGAGCAACUGCGCAGGUAGUCGCCAUGGGCUGUGCAUUUAACAAGCGAUCAGGCCAUUAUUUCACUGAGAUCGAUGAACAAACAAUCCAGCAUUGCUUCCGUUACACUGCAACUGUCCUGACCAGCACGAUGUCCGUUCAGAAGGAGCAGAAACUGAAGUUUGAAUGUCAGGCUCUACUUCAAGUUGCAAGAAAUCUCUUCACACAUUUGGAUAAUGUUUCGGUCCUGUUACAAGAGGUCAUUCAGGAAGCACGUAAUCUUACCAACGCGGAGAGCUGUUCCGUGUUUCUCUUGGAGCAGAACAAUAAGGAACUGGUGGCGAAGGUGUUCGACGGGGGAUUUGUGGCUGAUGAGUCUGCUGAGUUCCGGAUGCCAGCCGACCAGGGGAUUGCAGGGCACGUGGCAACAACAGGCAAGAUUCUCAACAUCAAGGAUGCCUACUCUCACCCACUAUUCUACCGGGGGAUAGAUGACAGCACGGGCUUCCGGACCAGGAACAUCCUGUGCUUCCCUAUCAUCGAUGACAACAACCAGAUUGUUGGAGUGGCCGAGCUGUGUAACAAGAUAAAUGGACCCUGGUUCACAAAGUUUGAUGAAGAUCUGGCUCUGGCAUUCUCCAUCUACUGUGGGAUCAGUAUUUCCCAUUCACUGUUGUACAAAAAGGUUCAUGAAGCACAGUACAGGAGCCACCUGGCGAAUGAGAUGAUGAUGUACCACAUGAAGGUAACGAAUGAGGAGGUAAUGAAAAUGCUGAAGUACGGGAUACAGCCUGUCGAUGAGAUUCAUCCGGAAUUUUCCAAACUCUCCUUCACACCGCGGUCCGUUCUGGAAGAAAACACAACCAUGGCUAUACUGGGCAUGGCCGAGGACAUGGGAUUCACAACCACCUACAAGAUUGACGUGAAGACUUUAACAAGGUUUUGUAUGAUGGUUCGACGAGGUUACAGGGACCUUCCCUACCACAACUGGAUGCACGCCUUCUCUGUCACACAUUUCUGCUACCUUCUCUUCAAAAACCUGCCACUGCAUGAUUUCUUGGCGGACAUGGAGAUCUUAGCUUUGUUUGUGUCGUGCAUGUGUCAUGAUCUGGACCACCGAGGGACCACCAACUCCUUUCAAGUGGCAUCAAAGUCGGUGUUGGCAGCAUUGUACAGCUCCGAAGGAUCGGUCAUGGAGAGGCACCAUUUUGCGCAAGCCAUUGCCAUCUUGAACUCUGAAGGGUGCAACAUCUUUGAGAAUUUCUCCCGAAAGGAUUACCAGAGAAUGCUGGACAUGAUACGGGACAUUAUUCUAGCAACUGACAUGGCUCAUCACCUACGCAUCUUCCCACAGCUCCAGGAAAUGGUUAAAGCUUACGACAAUGAUAGCGCCACCCACCACACCCAGCUGUUGUGCCUGCUGAUGACUGCCUGUGAUCUCAACGAUCAAACCAAAGGAUGGAAGACCACAACAAAGAUAGCGGAACUGAUUUAUAAAGAAUUCUUUUCACAAGGAGAUCUGGAGAAAGCAAUGGGGAACAAUCCACUUGAGAUGAUGGAUAGAGAAAAGGCCUAUGUCCCAGAGCUCCAGAUCAGCUUCAUGGAACACAUCGCCAUGCCAACUUACAAGCUCCUGAAGGACAUCAUGCCUCAGGCCGAACCUCUGUACCUGCACGUAAAGGCAAACCGGGAUCACUGGGCUAAGGUCGCCCCGAGGUUCACCACAACAGGGCUUCCGAGUGACAACUCCCUGGACUUUCUAGACGAUGUGGUUACAGAUGUACUAACCCCAGCAGACAUUUCCCCAGAGACUGAGAGAAUCCUACCAGAGGAGAUGGAAGCCACUUCUGAUCAAUGAUUAUUUUUAUUCCAGUUUAAAAGAACAGAAAAAAAAAUACAAAAAAAAUCAAGGAAGCGACAGACAACAGCAAAUAUUGGCAUCUUUUAAAUUUAUUUAUUUUUUAUAGGCCUGAAUAUUAAUUGAGUGGUUGUCCCUGUUGUCUCUUUCUCACUCAUCUUUUUUGACGUUUGCACUCAACAGAAACAAAACACUUGCAUUUAUGUAGCACCUUUGAGGUAGUUAAAAAGUAACAUCCCAAAGUGCUACAAAGGAGCGUUAUCGGACAGAGUUUGACACCCAACCGCAUGUUAGGACAAGUGACCCGAGGUUCACCCCCACGAGGUCGGUUUUUUUUUUGUUAGGGGGCCUCUGAAAGGAACAAAAUAGAGGGAUGGAGAGCCGAUUGGAGGGAAUUCCAGAGCUUGGGGCCCAGGCAGCUGAAGGGCAUGGCCACCCAGUAGAGGGCCGACUAAAACCGGGGAUGCUCGGGAGGCCGGAGUCGGAGGAGGGCAGGGGUCUCGGAGGAUUGUGGGGCUGGAGGAGAUUCCAGAC